AUGACUCGUUUUGCUAGAGCAAAAGGUUCUAAAGCAUCUAACCAAAAGGCACCUGAAGACAGCACGCCAUGGGAAGUUAUGAAGGAUCAAAUAAUAAAAUCAAAAAAAGAAAGCGAAGAAGCAAAACAUAGGCAGGAAGCGGAACAGCAGCGCAUUGAGAACUACACUAAUUUUCUUAAAGAACAGAAAGUUCAAAAAAGAAAAGCUACAUGGUGCGACUUUCCGGACGAUAAUACUGUCAACAAUUCAAAUUUAAAUUGUCCAGAUUUGAAGUCAAAAAUACCAGGUGUUGAUAGUGCUGAAGGAGUUUGUUUCAAGUGUGGUUCUACAGAGCAUCGACAAUUUGAAUGUAAAGUUCAGAGGGAUAAAGAGUUUCGCUUUGCUACUUGCUUCAUUUGCAAAGAGGCUGGUCACAUUGCUCGUCAAUGUCCUGAUAACCCUAAGGGUUUAUAUCCUAAUGGUGGAUGUUGCAAACUUUGUGGAGAUGUCACUCACUUGAAGAAAGACUGUCCAACUACAAAUUUAAAGAAAGAGGAAACAUCAAUAAAAUUGCAGACAUUGGAUAACACUGAAAAUAUUGAAGACAUUAAUCAAAAAGUAGAAAACACAUUCAAGGAAGGCAUGAAGAAACCCAAAAAAAUAAGGUUC